AGUUAUUUUUUUGUACCGCUCAUGUAUUUCUUUUCUUUGCUCAAUAAAUAAAUCAGAAAUCUGAAAAUCACCAAAUGCUUUCCCCUAAUAAUGGCCAUCGAACGUAGCCAUUAUUAGCCAUAGAGCGAACUUGUCAAAUCAGCUGUCGGUGAAUGCCAAUGGAAAUCCAAGAAAAGUGUGGUUAAGAUCCUCUGGUCAAAUCUUAUUGAAAGUGUUAUUAGUUUUGUGUUAUUUGUGAUAGUUUUUGAAUGGCCGCGGCAAGGAAGUUACUCCUUCUUGGACAAUGUGUGCCGUGCAUAAAACAUAACGCAUCGAAAAUUAGGAUUCGGCGAAUGGAACUGGAUGAGAAUCUUUUAAUGUACUUCAAAAAAGAUGAAUUCAUAUUCGCACAUGAUCCCGAGAAGAAAUGCAAAACAGGCGACAUUGUCCUAAUCAAGGAGCUACCGAAGAAGUUUACUCGUCUAAUUACCCAUUCAGUGGAAGAGAUUGUCUAUCCACUAGGAGACAUCACGGAUCCCAUAACUGGCAAAAAGGUUGUUGUCGGAAAAUAUCGGGAUGACGUUGAGCACGUCAACAAAUUGUUUGGCAAAUCCGAAAAGGCCUUCGACUAUGACAAAGCUCCGCCACGAGGACGACUGGAAGGAACAAAAGACUUCACGCACGGCGAAACAUAUAUCAAAUGGCACGAGGACGGGAAGGAUCAACCCUUCGCGGUUUAGCAAGUUUAGUUCAAGCCAAAUAUCUUAGUUGUACAGUUGCUCGAUAGUUUAAUAAAAAUGAAAGAAUAUUCGUAAAU